AUGUCGAACCUCCGGGUCCUCGCUCGAGAUCAACCUCAACGUACAAUUGCGCUGGUCUCAUCAGAACAUGCCCUAGUGUUCCACUACACAUCAACAGAUACCAGUGCAAAGGAUAGCCCACGCUGUCAAGUUGAGUUUGCGGACUUAGAGACAGUGGACCUGAAAGGCUAUAGGCCAUUAGGAUAUGGAUACGGUACCCUUGGCCUUGUUACUCUCAAUGAAGACGUGUUUGUCUGCGUCGUCACCAGCUCCUCGCAAGCUGCCACCGUGAGACCCGGAGAAACCGUGUCAAGAAUUGACAACGUAGGCUUUUAUUGUCUCAAUCGGUCAGAAUAUGAAUACGGCCUAGACCAUGAGACCGGGUCUCAAUUCGCUCCCGAGGAGGGACUUGGCACAGACGGGAAGGAUAUGGUAACUGACCAUCCUUUUCUGGCGUUGAAGAAGCUUCUUGGAGAUGGAAGUUUCUAUUACAGUCUCGAUUUCAACCUCACAGAUCGCCUACAAAACCGGGCCAACAAACCGGUGGCAUUCGACAUUGACACCCUCGAUGAAGAUAUGCUGUGGAAUUCUUACAUGAUCAGUCCACUUCUCUUGUUCCGGAGCCACCUGCCACCGUCCGAUAAAGCCAAAUUAGAUGCAUCGCAGAUGUUAACCUGUGUCAUCCGUGGAUUUGCGAGUACACUCAAAGUACCAGCAACGGUCUCAAUUCUGCCUCAUGUGCGGACGAACUUCCCUUCCAUGUUGACAAUCAUAUCCCGGCAAUCGUCCCGGCGUGCGGGUACGAGGUUUAACUCGAGAGGCAUUGAUGAUGAUGGGAAUGUCGCCAAUUUCGUGGAAACGGAGACGAUCUUGUGGGUUUCACCGGGCAUUGUAUUUUCAUAUGCGCAAAUCCGAGGCUCGGUGCCUAUUUUCUGGGAACAAGCUCCUGGCCUCAUUCCGGGCCAGCAAAAGAUCGAGGUCACGCGGUCGAGCGACGCAACACAACACGCAUUCAACAAGCACUUUGAAUCCCUGGAAUCGGAGUAUGGUGCAGUCCAUGUGGUGAAUCUACUAAGUGAGCUGAGGCCCGGGGAAGCAGAGUUGUCGUCCAAGUUUCGGCAGCACAUCAACAAGAGCUCCACCCGACAGAAAGAAGGCGAUGGGAUUUCUCCACGUCGGAGCCUCUUGCGAAUUACCGAAUAUGAUUUCCUUGCUGAGACCCGAGGUCCUUCGGGAUACGAGGCCAGCUCCCAGAUCAAACAUGAGCUUAUUAACUCAUUAGAUGAAUUUUCCUAUUUUUUAUCGGAAGAUUCACGUCGUCCCAACAAAACUCCCUACGACAAAGAUGAUGCGACGAACAGCUCUUCGAUCAUUUUACAGCAAGAGGGUGUUUUUCGGACCAAUUGCCUGGAUUGCCUGGACAGAACAAACCUCGUCCAGACUAUAAUCAGUAUGAUGGCAUUGGAGUCCUUUUUAUCGCAGCAAGGUGGCAAACUCAGCUCGGACAUGCAGGUUCGGCAUUCGACCAUCUGGGCCGACAAUGGUGAUGCUCUUUCAAAGAUUUAUGCUGGGACUGGCGCCCUCAAAUCCUCUUUUACUCGACACGGAAAAAUGUCACUUGCAGGGGCACUUGCAGACGCACGGAAGAGUGCCACUCGACUUUAUGUCAACAAUUUUACAGACAAAGCUAGACAGAGGACGAUCGAUCUUCUCCUGGGGAGGUUAACAAAUCAACUCCCUGUAUACCUCUACGAUCCAAUCAAUGAUUUGGUGGUGGAGGAACUGAACCGCCGAACUCCAGAAUAUUCUUCACGCAAACGAGUCCGGUUCUGGGUGGGCACUUUCAAUGUGAAUGGACGUGAUGAAGGCCCAGGUACCGAUCUCACUCCAUGGCUUUUCCCGGAGUCGGAUGAGUCCGACGAAGAUCCCGCAAUCUUUGUUGUUGGAUUCCAGGAAAUUGUCGCCCUGAGCCCUCAACAAAUUAUGUCCACUGACCCCAGUACCCGCAAGGUCUGGGAAAGAGCGGUCCACGAUUGUUUAAACAGCCAUUCGAAGAUGAAGGGGACUGGAAAAUACGUGCACCUGAGAAGUGGCCAGCUAGUUGGCGCUGCCGUUUUGCUCUAUGUGAAAGAGGAUUCACUGAAGUACAUCAAAAAUGUCGAGGGCAGUGUGAAGAAGGCAAGUCAUUCCGGAUUUUCGAAGGGGUUGUUCCAACUAACUGACUGGUAUUCACAGACUGGCCUCUCUGGGAUUGCUGGCAACAAGGGUGGCUGUGCUGUUCGUUUCGACUUCUCCAACACGAGCAUUUGCUUUGUUACCGCCCAUCUUGCUGCCGGGUUUGCGAACUAUGAUGAGAGAAACAGAGACUACGAGAUCAUCGACCGGGGGUUGAGGUUUCAGAAGAACCGGUCAAUCGCUGAUCAUGACGCAGUGAUCUGGUUGGGUGAUUUCAACUAUCGAAUUGGAUUGGGCAACCCAAGUGUAAGAGAGCUCAUCUUGCAGCGAGACUACCAAAAACUAUACGACAACGAUCAAUUGAAUCUACAGAUGGUAGCGGGCAGGGUGUUCCGGUUCUAUUCAGAAGGCCCAAUUGAGUUCCCGCCGACUUAUAAGUACGACGUUGGAAGAGACAACUAUGAUACGUCUGAGAAAGCACGGAUCCCUGCAUGGUGUGACCGAAUCUUAUGGCGAGGAAGCAAUCUGCGGCAAACUAACUACCAAACUGCGGAUUUGAAAGUGUCUGACCACCGCCCAGUCUGGGCAACCUUUGAUUGUGUCAUUGAUAUAGUCGAUCAUGCGUUGAAAGAAAGUCUCAGGCGAUCAAUAUACGAGGAGAAACAGGGCCAUGGUCACAGUUCUCUUGCAGACUCUGUCUCUCUUUUGGACUUGGACGAUGACGAACUCACACCACAUAUUUCUAUCGCGCCGGGGCUGCCACCGGCAAGCUCUGACAGAAGCCGAUGGUGGCUAGAUAACGGUGCACCAGUAAAAGCUAUAGUACAGCCACCACAGCAAGGGUAUAUUCCAAAUCCCCACCGGAAAUCCAAUCCAUUUUCUGCAGAUGUCGAUUGGGUACCAAGUCCAGGCUCGAUCAAGAACAGAAACACCGACCCUGUUCAAGAUACGAGGAAGAAGCCCAUGCUACCUCCGCGACGCGACACUUUUGAGUCACCCACGCGGUCUCUAUCACCCCGGGCAAUCGAAACGGGGAAAGUUCGACCGGUUGUUCCUCGCAAACCGCUGUCACUAAGUUCUCAGGCGAAAAUCGGGACAAUAUCACCUAGCGGUCGACACACAUCAAGGCAGGACAGUCCAGGAGUUGAUGUGCCUGCUGGUAAGGGCUCUACAGAUCUCCUCAGUGACUCGGCCAGUGAGCAGAUCGAGUGGAAGCCGCUUCUUCAAUGA